CUGUCCAUCCAUACUGGUCGUCCUCUCGCUCUCUCUCUCUCUCUCUCUCUCUGCUCUAAAGGGUAUUUGAGCUGAGCUCGUUAAUGGCAUCUCCGAUCUUACUUUUUCUGUUCGCCAGAUAAACCAGAAAGCAGAGUUGUUAACUGGUAAAUCUGUAGUCUUAGUUUUGAGACAAUCUUGGAGUUAGUUUUGAGUCAUUUGUUCUUUAAUGGCUUCUCAGAUCUACUUCUCUAUUUGCCGGUGAAAGCAAAAGAUCGCUACCGGAGCUAAUUAUCUCGUGAUAUUUAGUUUUGUAAGCAAUCAAAGCUCUGGUAAACAAAGUGGCAAUGGCGUAUUUGUUUCCUGAAGAGGUUCUAGAGCAUGUUUUCUCUUUCAUCCAUUCCGAGAAGGACCGAAAUGCCAUUUCUCUCGUCUGCAAGUCUUGGUACGAGAUCGAAAGAUGGUGCCGGCAUCGGAUCUUCAUCGGCAACUGCUAUGCCGUUAGUCCGAGGAUUACGAUCAGACGAUUUCCUGAGCUCCGAUCUGUGUCGCUGAAAGGGAAACCUCAUUUUGCUGAUUUUAAUCUAGUGCCACCGGGAUGGGGAGGUUUUGUGUAUCCUUGGGUCGCGGCUAUGGCUCAGCCUCAGGCCUAUCCUUGGUUGGAGGAGCUGAGGCUGAAACGUAUGGUGGUCACGGACGAUACCUUGGAACUGAUUUCUCAUUCGUUUAAGAACUUUAAGGUUUUGGUUCUCUCGUCCUGUGAGGGUUUCAGUACUGAUGGACUCGCCUCCAUUGCUGCCAAUUGCAGGAACCUAAGAGAGUUAGACUUGCGGGAGAGUGAAGUGAAUGAUCUGAGUGGAAAUUGGCUUAGCCAUUUCCCAGAGUCAUGUAAUUCACUUGUUUCCCUUAACUUUGCAUGCCUUGAAGGGGAGGUGAGCUUCUCUGCGUUGGAACGUUUAGUAGGAAGGUGCACCAACCUCAGGACCCUACGGCUCAACCAAGCUGUGCCCCUUGAAAAACUUCCCAACCUCCUCCGUCGGGCUCCUCAGCUGGUUGAUCUGGGUACAGGGGUCUACUCAGCUGAGAUCCGUCCUGAUCUCUACUCAAAGCUUGCCGGUGCCUUUGCAGGCUGCAAGGAGCUUAAAAGCCUGUCUGGGUUCUGGGAAGUGCUUCCUGCUUAUCUACCAGCUAUCUACCCUGUUUGUGCUGGACUCACAUAUUUGAACUUGAGCUAUGCUACUAUCCAAAGCCCAGAAAUCAUCAAGCUUGUUAGCCAGUGUCACAAUCUGCAGCGGUUGUUGGUACUGGAUUACAUUGAAGACAGCGGUCUUUACGCUCUUGCAGCAUCUUGCAAGGACUUGCAGGAACUGAGAGUAUUUCCUUCAGCCCCAUUUAGUGCAGUACAGAAUGUCUCAUUAACAGAACAGGGCCUUGUCUCCGUUUCUGAGGGCUGUCCCAAGUUUCAUUCAGUGCUUUACUUCUGCCGCCGAAUGUCCAAUGCUGCCCUAUUUACCAUUGCUAGAAACUGCCCCAACAUGACCCGUUUCCGUCUGUGUAUCCUUGAGCCUCUGACUCCUGAUUACCUUACUCAACAACCCCUUGAUGCGGGCUUCGGUGCUAUAGUGGAACACUGCAAGGAUCUCCGGCGCCUUUCCCUCUCUGGUCUCCUCACAGAUCAAGUUUUUGAAUACAUUGGCACUCAUGGCAAGAAGCUUGAGAUGCUGUCAGUGGCCUUUGCUGGGAAUAGCGACUUAGGCCUCCAUCAUGUGCUGUCUGGGUGUAAGAGCCUCCGGAAGCUGGAGAUCCGGGACUGCCCCUUUGGUGACAAGGCUCUCUUGGCCAAUGCAUCAAAGCUGGAGACAAUGCGAUCCCUUUGGAUGUCUUCAUGCUCUAUUAGUUUUGGAGCAUGUAAGCUGUUGGGUCAGAAGAUGCGGAGGCUCAAUGUGGAGGUUAUUGAUGAGGGGGAACCACCAGAUUCUAGGCCAGAUAAUUGUUCCGUUGAAAGGCUCUAUGUUUAUCGAUCGGUUGGUGGGCCUAGAUUGGACAAGCCAAGCUUUGUUUGGACAAUGGAUCAGAACUCUGCCUUGAGGCUCUCUUAGUUAAUCCAUCCACUGAAUUGGUUGAUCCAUCAUUCUGGUGCGGGUUUGCAUCUGGGACACGGAGAGUUUCAGGUAAAGAGUUUUACUUUCUUUACUUCAUCAUGUAUUUUAGUUUGCAGAACUUGAUACGACUGCACUGGUGGUAUAUUGGGUAGUGAAGAUGAAAAAGAGUCAUUGAAGGGGUAUGUAGGACCUCAGGAGCUUAGAUGAACUUACUUUAUUACUUGUCUGGAGCAGAAGGGGGAGAAAUCUGGGGGGAGGGGCCUCAAAUUAGUGGUUAAUAAAGAGAUCAAGUACUUGUUAAAAUAUCUUUGUAAGAGAAAGUAAGCUGGUUCUCAGCCUUAGAGCAUGAACUUUGUGUAUAUGCGGAUAUUUGCAUCAAAGAUAUUGUAUCUUUUAUUUUCCAUUGGAAGGAUUUGAGUUUAACUCAGUUUAACUCAUAGCUUGAGAUGUUCUAUUCUCAGAUAAAUAAGGUCAGAUUAUGG